GCCGAGCCUCGGCCGGGGCCCUGGCAGGCAGGGCAUAGGGCGCGCGGGGAGGGAGUGGGGCUGGCCCGGCGGAGCGCCCGGGAGCGUGAGGGCUAGAGCGGCGCCGCCCGCCGCCGUGCGCCCGAGGGCAGGGCUGCGCGGCCCCUCCAACCGUGCUCGGGCGCCUUGUCCGCCGCCUCGGAGCUGCGCCUGGGCUGGCCGGGCGGGGCCCGAGGACUGGCGGGAUGGCGCUCCCCUCCCCCAUCCCGAAAGCAGUUCCAUCCCCUGUGGAGGAUGCCUCCACCCCGGCUCGCCUCGGCCUCCCGCUGUUUUUUUCCGAAAGGCAUUUUUUUUACCAUCUGUGAAAACUUACUGUAAUUCAUUUUUCCUCACUCCAGUAUUAAGAAUUAUACCAAAUUAAAGAGAUAUGAAUGAAUAUCCUAAAAAAAGAAAAAGGAAGACUUUACACCCUUCUCGUUAUUCAGAUUCCUCUGGAAUAAGCAGAAUUGCAGAUGGAUUCAAUGGCAUUUUUUCUGAUCAUUGUUACAGUGUUUGUUCUAUGAGACAACCAGACUUAAAAUAUUUUGACAACAAAGAUGAUGAUUCUGAUACAGAGACGUCAAAUGACUUGCCAAAAUUUACAGAUGGAAUCAAGGCCAGAAACAGAAAUCAAAACUACCUGGUUCCCAGUCCUGUACUUAGAAUUCUAGAUCACACUGCCUUUUCUACAGAAAAAUCUGCUGAUAUUGAAAUUUGUGAUGAAGAGUGCGACUCCCCUGAAUCAGUCAACCAGCAAACUCAAGAGGAGAGCCCUAUAGAAGUUCACACUGCUGAAGAUGUUCCAAUUGCUGCGGAAGUGCAUGCAAUUUCUGAAGAUUAUGAUAUAGAGACAGAAAACAAUUCCUCUGAGAGUCUCCAAGACCAAACUGAUGAAGAGCCACCAGCUAAACUUUGCAAAAUUCUUGACAAGAGCCAAGCUUUUAAUGUGACUGCCCAGCAGAAAUGGCCUUUACUGAGAGCUAAUAGCAGUGGCCUCUAUAAAUGUGAACUUUGUGAGUUCAACAGCAAAUAUUUUUCUGAUUUAAAGCAGCAUAUGAUCUUGAAGCAUAAGCGUACUGAUUCAAAUGUCUGUAGAGUAUGCAAAGAAAGUUUCUCUACCAACAUGCUCCUGAUCGAACAUGCCAAACUGCAUGAAGAGGAUCCCUACAUUUGUAAAUACUGUGAUUAUAAGACAGUAAUUUUUGAGAACCUCAGCCAGCACAUUGCAGACACCCAUUUUAGUGAUCACCUUUAUUGGUGUGAGCAGUGUGAUGUACAGUUCUCCUCAAGCAGUGAACUCUACCUACAUUUCCAGGAGCACAGCUGUGAUGAACAGUACUUGUGUCAGUUCUGUGAACAUGAAACGAAUGAUCCAGAAGACUUGCAUAGCCAUGUGGUAAAUGAGCAUGCAUGUAAAUUAAUAGAGUUAAGUGAUAAGUAUAACAAUGGAGAACAUGGACAGUACAGCCUCUUAAGCAAAAUUACAUUUGACAAAUGUAAAAACUUCUUUGUAUGUCAAGUAUGUGGGUUUCGGAGUAGACUUCAUACAAAUGUUAACAGGCAUGUUGCUAUUGAACAUACUAAAAUUUUUCCUCAUGUUUGUGAUGACUGUGGGAAAGGCUUUUCAAGUAUGCUAGAAUAUUGCAAACAUUUAAAUUCACAUUUAUCUGAAGGGAUUUAUUUAUGCCAAUAUUGUGAAUAUUCAACAGGACAGAUUGAAGAUCUUAAAAUUCAUCUAGAUUUCAAGCAUUCGGCUGAUUUACCUCAUAAAUGUAGUGACUGCUUAAUGAGGUUUGUAAAUGAAAGGGAAUUAAUAAGUCACCUUCCAGUCCAUGAGACAACUUGAUUGUUCUCUUAAACUUCCAUAAUGUUGAUGUAAAAUAAUAAAUUUGACUUUUUUGCAGAUGUUAAAAUGGAUGAUUUUAAACACAACUUAUGAGAACUGUCUUUAACAAGAUCUUUUAAAAUUUUUUUUCUUGGCAUUGCUACCUUUUUCAGUAUAUAAUUGUAUCCUAAAUGUGGUAUUUUCAGUGUAUUGUAGUUGGUAUUUUUAACCGCUUUUGGUGACUAUCGUCAUAUUGCUUGCAUGUUCUCUGAUUUCAUAAAUCGAUAAGAAACAGAUGUACUGAAGAAAUUAGACUAUAGUUUUCCUUCCGUAAACAUAGGUGCUGUAAACUUUUUCUUUAAACUCAAAACAAGAUCAGUUUUUCAUGUAUGAAGUCGUUAAAGUACUGUACUACCAGAACUAAAGUGCAACAUAAUACGCACUUAAGUCCACUGAUAGUCCCAUUAAUAACAUCCAGACCCUCCUUUUGCAUUCCCCAACAAUUAUUAUCCCCAAGGCAAUCAGUGAACUCCCCAUCUGUGUGAUUGUUUCAGUGACACUAGGAGGCCAGCGUUAUGGUAAGAAGGAGAGAUCUGGUUUUCUUGGCAGUCUUUUUUUAAUUCUGACUCUAUUUUAACCCCAUCUAUGUGCUAAAUAAUUUUAAAUGGGGAGAAAUUGGUAAGGGGUUUAACAAUAAAGUAACAUUUCAUAACUCAUUUAUAAAUGAAUAAACAGGUUAUUUAUAAUCUGUUCACAUUUCAUUUUCAGUUAUGCAACUGCAAAGUCAUACCCAAACUUCUGAUACCAAAUCAUUUUCUGAGAAAACCCACUGAAGUAUUAAAAUGGAAAUAGGAAGAUGUGGGAGAUAGGGGUUGCUGUAUGAAAAUGUAUAGAUUACUUUUGAUAAUGGUAAAUCAAUCUUCUAUAUUAGUUUCCUGUGGCUACCAUAACAAAUUAUCACAAACUGAGUGGCUUAAACAAUAGAAAUUUAUUGCCUCACAGUUGUAGAGGCUAGAAAUUCAAAAUUGAAAUAUUAGCAUAGUUGAUUCCUUCUGAGAGCUGUGAGAGAAGGAUCUGUUCCCCGCUGCUCUCCUUGGCUUGUACGUGGCUGUCUUCAUGUUCACAUGGUCUUCUCCCUGAGUGCAAGUCUGUUUCCAACUUUGCCCCUUUUACAAGGAACCAGCCAGUCAUUGGAUUAGGGCCCACCCUGAUAACAUCAUUUUAACUUGAUAAAGACACUAUACCCAAAUAAGUUCAUAUUUUGAUGUACUGGUGCCCAGGACUUCAACAUAUGAACUGAGUGGAGUGAGGGAGAGGCACAACAACUACAAAUCAGUAACAGCUUUUUAUAGUAUCAAGGAGAUCGCAUUUUGUGCAUUAUUGACCUCAAAUACAAUAAACGCUGGCACUAACUAUAUUGUCAUUCAGAAAUAUUGAUGUAGUUGAAAAGACUGAUUUAUGACCCACAGUGUUUUUUUUUUUACUUCAAGACCCAUGGGAAUUGAGUCUGUUUUGAGAAUGGUGGCAGCAACAAGUUUUUCAAAACCAAUCAUUUUUAUUUCCACCAUUUUGUUAUAUAUGCAUACCUGUAUUGCUAGAAACUACCAUUCUAUCUGAUUAUCACAUUCCAGGUAGAGCUGUCUGAUGUAAAUGUUUCUUAGAAGAUUUAAAAUUAUAAUGAAAUAGGAAGAAAACAUUAGAAACCAUCUCGUCUACACCCUCUAGUUUUCUAAGUUUCUUAUAGAAACAGAAACUUAGGGUUAUUAUUAGGCCAGGGUCCCAAAACCAGUUAUAGCAGACAGGAGUGGAAUCCAAGUUAUUUGGCUUCCAGUGUAGUUAUGUUUCCAUUACACCAUGUUACAUAAAAAUCUAAGGUUUGUCCUUGGGAUGUUUUUCAUAACUACGUAACCUAGCCAUUCAACUACCUUCUUGGUAAUUCUGUCUAUACUUUUUUAAUAUACAUCCAGCUUCAGGAAUUUGAUUUUUAGGAAACAAACCUUAAACAAUGCCUGGGGUUUUUUUUAAUUGUGUAUUUUACAGCUUUACUUUUGAUCAGGUGUUAGUAAUCAAAUUAGAGAUUGUAAUGCAACUACUCCAGAGGUAUUAAAUCCAAGUUUUAGAACCAUACAAUUUAGUGCUUUUUUGCUGAAUCUGCAGCUUGAGGCCACAUCUCACUGACAGUUUGUCCAAUAAAACCUUUUUGCUUUGACUCAGCUUUCAAAUAAGCCUAUGACUGACGAUAAAUUGCUGCGGUAGCAAGUCUAUAUUUUUAGCUAAAUGAACUUCUUUGGAAAAACAAACCUACCUAAAAAAAUUUUCUAAUUGCUUCUAGAUUUUUUCUGCGCAAAAACAGACAUUUCCACUGUACUCUUUUGUGACUCGAGAAAACAGAUGGUGAUGUUUAUUAGCACUACAAUAGAAUUCUUGGCAGUUGUGAACAGUAGUGAUGGAUCUUUUUUUUUCAUCUUCACUUUGCAGUUCAUGUUAUUUGAAAAUGAUUGUGUGGUACUCAAAAGCUUGUAAAUUUCCUGCUUGUGGAUUUGCCAAUUUUACCAUUUUAAAUCACCUUUCUUAUUCCUCUGAGUGUGUGUCAUCACGUAUUAACCAGUUUCUCUGUUUCACAGGGUCUGUAGCCUGUUAGGUGAUAGCUGAAUUAUUGGCAGGUGUAGCCAGUAGUGUUUUGUUUUCCCCCAAUAAACUAACACUAUUCCUAGUUUUUAAA